GCGCGGCCCCUCGCCGCCAGGGCCGCAGUCACUUCCUGCCCCUGUGCCCAUCCGGCUCCGGGGUCAGCGGCCGCCGCUCUGGCGGGACAGGGGAGAAUAAAGUUUUAUUCGGGGAAGGGGAAGCCGGCCGCCCUCGCCCAGAAACGAGCUGCUGGAUGUAGAAGGAAAGCAGGUCGUGCACGCGGAAAAUGCCUCUAAGGGACAAGUGUUGUCAGACUGACCACCAUCACCAUGGAUGCUGUGAACCAGUGCAUCUGUUGGAACCUGGUGAUCCUCCAUUAUUACAGCAGCCUCUGCAAACAUCAAAAUCCGGUAUUCAACAAAUCAUUGAGUGUUUUCGAUCAGGAACAAAACAACUUAAACAUAUCUUGUUAAAAGAUGUGGACACCAUUUUUGAAUGUAAAUUGUGCCGGAGUCUCUUCAGAGGAUUACCAAAUUUAAUUACUCAUAAAAAGUUUUAUUGUCCUCCAAGCCUCCAGAUGGAUGAUAACCUCCCAGAUAUAAAUGAUAAACAGAGUCAAGCCAUAAAUGACCUUCUGGAAGCAAUCUAUCCAAGGGUAGAUAAGCAAGAAUAUGUAAUUAAAUUGGAACCAAUAGAAACUAAUCAGAAUGCUGUAUUUCAAUAUGUAUCAAGGACUGAUAGCCCAGAUGAGAACACAGAAAGUAGUAGUAACCCUGAUCAAGCUCCAGUACAGAUACAGGAACCAAGCACUGAGCAACCCAAGACUGUUUCAGCUCCAGCCCCAGUCCCAGCUGGGGAGACUGUAGAAUUACCUCCUGCUGAUCCCAUUACAAACAAGGUGAUACCUACUCCUGAAGAGCAGCCUCCAGCAGUAAAUCCUGAAUUGGACUCUCUGGAUAAUUCUGAUUUUGGCCACCAGUUGAUAUGUUGCCUCUGUAGGAAAGAAUUUCACUCCAGACGCAGUGUACGCCGGCACAUUCGAAAAGUGCACAAAAAAAAGAUGGAAGAGUUAAAGAAGUACAUAGAAACAAAAAAGAAACCAAAUCAGUGCUCUGCAAAAGGACGAAAUAAGAAUGUUCUUGUAACGUUAGGUAGAAGUUGUCCUGUAUGUUAUAAAUCAUUUGCUACAAAAGCCAACGUAAGAAGGCAUUUUGAUGAAGUUCAUAGAGGAUUAAGAAGGGAUUCCAUUACUCCUGAUAUAGCGACAAAGCCUGGGCAACCUUUGUUCUUGGAUACAGUUUCUGCUAAAAAAUCUUUUAAGACCCGAAAACAAAAGUCGUCUUCAAAGGCUGAAUACAAUUUAACUGCAUGCAAAUGCCUUCUGUGCAAGAGAAAAUAUAGUUCACAAAUAAUGCUGAAAAGGCACAUGCAAAUUGUUCACAAGAUAACUCUUUCUGGAAAGAACUCUAAAAGAGAGAAAGGACCCAACAAUACUGCCAAUGGCACAGAAAUAAAAGUAAAAGUUGAACCAGCAGAUUCUGUAGAACCUUCACCCCCUUCCAUUGCCCUUUCUCCACAGAAUGAAUUAAAGGGAACAAAUCAUUCAAAUGAGAAAAAGAGCACACCGUCAGCACAGAAAAAUAAAGUUAAACAGGACCCUGAAAACCCUAAAUCAACCAGUAAAUCAACCUGUAAAUCAACCUCUAAAUCAACCUCUAAAUCAACCAAUGCAUCUGCUGCAGGUGGCCAGCAAAAAACCAGGAAGCCAAAACUUUCAGCUGGCUUUGACUUCAAGCAGCUUUACUGUAAACUCUGUAAACGCCAAUUUACUUCUAAACAGAACUUGACAAAACACAUUGAAUUACACACAGAUGGAAAUAACAUUUAUGUUAAAUACUACAGGUGUCCACUCUGCUCUUAUGAAACACGUCGCAAGCGUGAUGUGAUAAGGCAUAUAACUGUAGUUCAUAAAAAGUCACCACGCUACCUUGGGAAAAUAACGGCAAGUUUAGAAAUUAGAGCAAUAAAAAAGCCAAUUGAUCUUGUUCUAAAUAAGGUGACAAAAAGAGGCCCUCAAAGGGAUGAAACAAAACAGAUUGGUUCAAAACAGGAUGUCACCUCUAAUUCUCCCAAUAAAAAGUAUGAAGGAGCUGAUGUUGGCAUUGAAGUAAAAGUAACAAAAAACUUUUCUCUGCACCGAUGCAAUAAAUGUGGGAAAGCAUUUGCCAGAAAAGCUUUUCUAGAGCAUCAUAAGAAAACCCACAAAGCAAAUGUAUCUCAUUCACCUGAAGAAAGUAAAACCAAAGGCAGAAGUACAAGAUCUAAAGCUGUUGUCUGGUUCAAGUGAUGUUCGGAAAGUUUGGAGUUCAUUUGAGUGAAAAAGACUUUAGUUUGUUGUUGGAACCGCUAAUAUCUUGGUAAUGGUACUAUAAAGAGGAAAUAUUUUCAUAAGCUGUUGUUUUCUUACUAAAUUAAUAACCAUUCAGACUGCUUGUAGGACAGUGCCUCCUCCCAACACUGAAGUAGUUGAAAUGCACAUGUGCUUCUAAAUUAGCAGUUAUCUCUAUGCAGUUGAGGUUUGACACAGUAUAGAACAAACUUUCUGAAAUUAAAAAAUGUACAGAGGCAAGUUAAUGAACAGCAGCUUUGGAAGAAGAUUUUUGUUCCUCAUUUAGGAAAUCAUCUUCAGAGAGCUCAUCAUGCAUACUGGUCCUCCCUGGCGGUGCUUAUUGAUGAACAGCUCUAACUCUGUUGUGAUAUCCUAUUUUGGAAAAUGUUAUGUUAUAUACUGUUUUAAAUUUAUUACAAAUGAAUGUAUAAGAGCAAACAAUGUAGUGUAUAUUGGCUGAAUUGUACUAAUUUUUAGUAUUUGCCAUAACAUCAGUUUGUUCAUAUUGACUAAUUUCCCAGUUCUGGGACAUUUUGAAUUUCACUGUACUGAAGUUGCUUCAAAGGUGUCCAUUUUGUUUCCAUAUGUGGUUCAUAGGAAAACUUUGUAAACAUCUAGGAAGUUUACAAGAAUAUCCACAUUCCUCUAUUCUUUAAUUAAGAAAAAAAAAUAUACACAAGCACUUUAAUGAUAGUUGCAGUUUAUUUUUUCAGUUUAUUUUUUGAAAGAUCAACACACUAAUGUUAAUAUGAAGGUAGUGAAUAUUUGCUGAUGUAUUAUAGACAGACAAUCUGUGCACAACCACUUAUAAUGUUAGCUUAUUUCAUUAAAUAUUAAUAAAAAGGGAGGAUAGUAUGGGAGAAACUCAAAAUGUUUUUUCUCUCAAGAUCACGAAUGACCACUAUAGGUAGCACUUGACUUUGUAUAAUUUGGAAAAUAUUUUAGAUACCUUGUUUUAACCUUUUAAUCAAGAUUGUAGUAGAACAGUUGCAUGCCUGCCAUUAUGAAAUUCUUGGCAGGUUUCAUGUGUCAGUGAUUUGGGGGUUUUUUGUUUUUGUGUUUUUUUUUUUUUUGUUGUUUGUUUUGUUUUGUUUUUUUUUUUUUUACUUUUAGAAAAUAUUUUGUUUAGUGAUUUGUGUCAAAUUGCUACAAUUUGAAAGGUAUUGUACAUCAGAAGAAAUACCAUGUUUUUUAUAUAGGUUCACUCCCUUACUUAGGGAGGUGCCUCGUGUUCAUAUAUACUUUUUGUAUAAAAUAUAUCUAAAAAUGUUGAUCACAAGAUCAGGAGUAAAAAUACUUUUAUGGAUAGAGAAAUAUUUGGCCCUGUUAGUGCAUUGCACUAAAAAUACUGUGAAUGGGAACUGGACUGUAGCUGUUGCUCAAAAUGUUCUAUAUUGAAUGUACAUGCUUUUGUUUGGAUAAAUGAACUGUAUUUGAUGGAAAAUAAAGCAGACUGGAAAUCACUUUAAAGUGUGCAUAAACAAAAAGAUGUCAUGUUUGUAAACCUGGAAUAUCUAUUGCUCCACAAUCAGAAAUUACUAUGUUUGCAUUUUUGUAAAGUUUUACUCUUUGAUCACUGAAACUAGUUGUUUGUAAUAUUUGUUGUAAUAAAUGUUUUUUUUGUUAUUAAAAGUUUGGCACUUGUGGAGUGAACACUUCUCCACGCUGAUUGUU